AUGUCGAAUGGCAAUCGUCAUGUCAUUGAGAGAAAGGAACAAACAACCACACCACAAGAGAGAAGAAGAGAGGAAUUUGUGCAGGAAAUGAUCGAACAUGUAAAACCUCGAAUUCUUUCGAAUUAUUUUGUGGUUAACGACAGACCUUUUCCGAUCAUUGCUCCCGAAGAUAUUAUUGAGAAGGAGAAUUCGACCAAGUGUUCUUUUUGUUAUUUACAUGCUGAGCAUACGCCCUGUGGACAGGAAUUAAAAUUAAUGACUGAAUGUCAAGAUAAACAUGGACUGCCUGCACAAAUCAAUAUGGAAAAGCUUGAGGAUGUGGCCAAAGACCCUUGCUUUCCAAUUUUUGCUUCUCAUUUCUUUCCCUGCUUUAGCAAGAUUGAGACACAUCCCUAUUAUUACUUUCGAUCAAACAUACUAUUUGGACUAGGAACGAAAAAUCUUGUAAAAACUUGGUUUGAAAUCCAAAAAUUCAAUGCACUGUCAUACCUUAAUGUUAAAAGGAACAGAGGAGGUUGA